AUGAAGUCAUCUUUCAUUUUGGGUGCAUUGAGCCUUCUCGCCACUGGUUGCGCCGCAAACAUGACCGUACCUGACAGCCUCUUCCUCAAGUCCAUCGCCGAGUCGGUCUCUUUGCCAAUGUAUACUUGGUCGGCCAAUGGAACCCAUACUGCCAAGGGAUACACUACCAAGGCGGGCGAUAAGACCAGUGUGGAGGGUAUGAAAGAGGACUGCGACAACAUCAAUCUCAACAAGAAGAUUGCCGUUGACUUCCGCAGCGACGUCUUUGGCCCAGGCUUGAUCGGAUACUUCUACAAGUGCGAGAAGAUUCGUGAUGACACCAACCUGUAUUGGUUCACUAUCAGCUCCGGCAAUCCCUCCCAGAUCGACAAGAUGUGUGAUCCCAACACGAAUUACCCCAUCGUUUAUGACUCGCAACACAACACUUGGUGGAUUGAUGAGCCGUUUGACUGCACCCAGCGUACCUCUCCAGCGACGCACUCGCAGUAA